AGUUGCACUGAUCACGGAGAAGACACCACUGUUGUCUGAAUGGCUGAAAAGCACACAUCAGGAGAUAGGAAUGGCUUGGAUCCUAAGGUUUACACAGCCACAAAUUCUACUGAAGAAGAGCAAGAAGACCAAAACCUGUGGCCCAGACCUCUGUCUCAAAAAUGGACCCUGACGCUGUUUAUGGGCACCUGCCUCCUCUACUGUGCCAGGAUGGCAAUGCCAAUCUGUGCAGUGUCAAUGGCAACCUCUUUUCACUGGAGCAAGAUCGAUUCUGGCCUGGUUCUGGGUGGUUUCUUCUGGGGUUACUGUUUGACACAGAUCCUGGGAGGACACACCAGUGACAAAGUGGGAGGAGAGCGUGUCCUGUUCAUAUCUGCGGCCUCGUGGGCUCUGAUCACAGCUGGCACUCCUCUUCUGGCCCAGAUAGGCUCUCACACCCUCGCUCUCAUGACUAUGGCCAGGUUCCUUAUGGGACUACUGCAGGGCAUUUUUUUCCCAUCUUUGGCCAGCCUUUGCUCACAGCGUGUAGUGGAAGAACAGAGAGGGUUUAUAAUGAGCACCAUGCACAGUGGUAGCUAUCUUGGAACAUUGUUAGCUGGUGGGAUGGGGUCCCUGAUGCUGGACCUGUACGGCUGGGAAAGCAUGUUCUACAGUAUUGGUAUCUUGUCCGGACUCUGGGCACUCUUUGUUUGGCUGUUUUUCUUAAAAGGUUACGUUGCUCCCAAGCGGAAAGAAACAAGCAAAGACUCACAAUGGAGUUUGUCAAGAACACGCUGGCAGAGUCUUUUGAAGAAGCCACCUAUCUGGGCCAUGGUGUUUGCUCACAUGUGCAUAUGCAGCACAAACUACACUUUAUUGUCAUGGUUGCCAACAUACUUUAAAGAAUCAUUUCCACAUGCCAAGGAAUGUGUAUAUAAUGUAACUCCAUGGCUAGUUGCAAUUCCAUCAGCAUUUGGUGGAGGAUAUGUUUCAGAUUUUCUUAUCAGACAAGGAUAUCGUGUAGCGUCCGUUAGAAAGAUAAUGCAGUUCUUUGCCAUGGGUGUAUCGAGUAUUUUUAUUAUGCCUCUGUCUGGAGCGGUCACAUUUACUUCUGCCGUGAUUUGCGUCUCUGGUACCAUCGGUUUGUCAACCUUCACCAGCAGUGGAGUGUCUGUGAAUGUCCAGGAUCUCACCCCAUCAUGUGCCGGUGCCAUCUAUGGUUUCAUGAAUAUGUUGGGUGCUUUUAUGGGACUGGUGUUGGUCUCCGUGUCAGGUUACCUGAUUGAGGUCACGCUGUCGUGGGCCACGGUGUUCUCCCUCAUCACUUUAGUAAAUGCCACCGGCCUUGGGAUUUUUGUCAUCUUUGGAGAUGUUCGUCGGGUUGACCAGGAUGAUAACAGCCAGCCAAUAAUUGUGAUUUGACCCAGACAUUUUGUUGCAAAUACCAGUCUGUAUCUGAUUUGUGAGACUGGACAUUGCAUGUAAAUGUCUAUCCAGAUUUGAUCACAAUUUGUCAAAAUGAGAGUUAAUUUUUAUUUAUUCUUAUUUAAAUUGGCUGCAGAAAAAAAAACACACUGUACAGUAUAGUGUACAGUAUAUAUAGAAAUGACUGAAGUGUUGGAGGGUAUGAAGAUGUUUUCUUUGUCAUUGCUCUGACAAAGGAUUCACAAUUUUGCUGAAGUAUUUGGAAAUACUGCAGAUCAGAUUGCCUCUCUUGAAAAUGAAGGUACCACCUUUUUUUGUUUUUGUGCAGUUGUCUCUCUGGAUACACUGUCUGCUAAAUGUGACUGCAUUGUACAAAUGUUUAUGACUAUUCAUAUUUAAUGUAGAAAGUGUAAUUUCCACAAAAAUGUUUACAUUAACAAUAGCUACAUGCAACAUGCAAGCUGCUGGUGACUAAAUCUAAAAACAUGGAACAUGUUAAGACAACAAUAUAGCCAAACUCUUAUCAGGGCAAAUUGAGAUCUUCACCAAAGAUAUUUAAAAUGAGCUCUGGUAUAUGUAUUUAUAAUGAAAAUAAUAUAAAUAUUUAUUGAACUCUUUUAGAAAGUGUUUUUUGUGGCAUUGUACAGUUUGGCUUUUGUAAACUGUCAAACUUUUGUACAUACGUUUUUGAUUCAUCUAAAUGUUAAUGACAUGGUUUAUUCCCAAAAAGACUCUUUUUGACAGAAAAUGUUUGUGUUUUUUUAUGUGUGUUGCUUUAAUCGAGUGAAAUGUUUAAAAUAAUGAAUUUGAUUGUAUUGAUCCACCAAACUGUAGUUCAAUCUGCUAAAAGCUGUCAUCCAUGUUUCUUAAAAUUUCUUAAUUUCCAUUGAGUACUCUUAGAUAACACUGGAAAUCCAUGGCACAAAUAAUUUAUUGGUGUAGAAAUACAACAGCCCUGAGAUGGACUGGUGACCUGUCUGGGGUGUGCCCCGCCUUUUGCCCGAUGUUGACUGGGUUUGGCUCCAGGAUAAGCGGUUGACGAUGAAUGGAUGGAGAAAUACAACACAUUACCAAGGAGUAUGAACCACAAACCCAUCAUUUCCCAUAUAGCUGCAUGUACUGUACAUACAGAGAUCACAUUUGCUAAGAAGGAGAUGUAGUAAAAAACUAAAUAAUGUUAAGGAAUUACCAAAUCAUCAAUACAUGACAUAUGUACAUUACUUGUACAAAUAAAAAGAAAUGAAAAUUAGACAUAACUUAUAAAAAAUCCCUUCCCCUUACCAAGUUAACAAUAAUUUACUUCCAUUAUUUUAGACUCUCAGACCAUUUACACUGCCCUCUUUUUUGUUAACUUUGAGAGUCCAGUCAAACAAGUUCAUACAAUAUCAAUAACAGGGCAAAAUACUGAAUUAGACUAAAAUAUUAUUCAAAUAUUUUUUAUUAUCUGAAUAGCGUCCUCCACCGGCACCUGAACAUCGGAGUGCUGGUUUACUGUAAAAUAAAUAACCUGAGUUAGGUCUUUCAAAAGGAGCAAAUGCAAUCAUAAGUUAUUCCUCUGCUAACAAAUGUGAUGAGGAAGGUUGAAACUCCUCAAACAGCAGCGUUAUUAUCAAGGUGGAGGUCACA